UGAUUCUACGCCUUCCCUGUAUAUCAAAUCUUUUCUCCCUUCACUCUUUUAUAUUUAAAAUAUAGAAAUCUUUCCUCUCUAUAAAAAGAUCCCCCUUCUCUCAACCAUCUCUCCUUUUCUCUAACCCUAAUUAGCGGCCAGACAUACCAUCUGAUGAUGUUGUUUAUUUUUUCUAAGGCUAUAGAGGCUCACGCUUUCUAAAUAUCAUAUUCCAUAACUUUCUUUUACUGUACCGAUUGCAGGUAUUCCAAGCAGUCGAUUCAUCGAGACGAUGAAGAACAAUUGGAUUUGUAUGGGGCUUCUUAACUCUAUUUUCCUCUCUAUUGCUUGCUUCGAUUCACCGAUAUCGAUCUGUUUCUUGGGGAUUCGGAUCUAAAUCUCUGUCGGUGAUCUGUUUCUUGGGUUUCCUUCUCAAGAAUGUUCAAAGAAAUAGACCAGAUUUUACUUUAACGUGAAGACCCUGUCUACUCCACCAUCACUUUAAUUGCAGGUAAACCAUCAUCUACCCAUAUCACUUUAUUUAGACAAAAUUUGGUCUAAAAUUUGGCACCUUCUUUUGUAUAGGGAAUGUAAUAUACUUAUCUUGCUUUUUUUUCCUUGAUUAUAAAUCCUUGUAAUAUUUGUUAUAUGGUAAGUGAAAUAAUAAAACACUGUAAUAUAUGGUUAUUACUUGGGUGGUGGAGAAUUUGAAAUUUUUAGAAAAACAAUUUGUGAAUGAGAUACAUUAUUUGAUUUAGUCUCAUAAUAUAUGGUUAUUAAAGAUAUUGAAUUUUACACGAUAAAAUAGAUUCCAAUGCAGUUUGGUGUUUAUUUAGUGGUGCAAUUCCAUAAACUUAUAGUUUUGUUCAAUGUUGGUAUUCAUUUGGUGGUGCAAUUCAACACAGCCGCUAGCAAAGCAGGUUGGUUUUACAUUUCAUCGAUUCCAUUCGAUAAAAUCCCCUUGAUUGUCACAUUCUGUUUACUUGAAAGUAAGAUCACAAGGCCUCAAUCAAGGAAGAACUUCAAAGAGCACAAUGAGAGAGUUCAACAUCAAAUGAAAAGAUUAAAUUUAAUCAGUUACUUCAUAACCCAUAAAAGCAAUGAACUUACAUUUUCUUACAUUUUUCCCCAGCAUCUACCAACAACCAAAUUAGUUAUUCUUCACUAUCCUUGAGGCACCGAAUAUUGUUCCUCUCCCUGCAACAUCGUAACUUAAAUUGGUUGUCCCUCUCCUGAUUUCCUUCCAUCAUGAACAAUGAAACCUCGGGCUUUCAAAAUCUCCAAUCUAUCAGAAAUCAAAGCUUCUACUAUUAGCCUAUUACUACUAAGAUGCAUUGACGUAUUUUUAAAAUCCCAAUUUUAGUUCUUGUAGGCAUAGUUACAUGGCUAAUUAAGUUUAUUAAAAGGAAGGUUGCAUUGGUAGUCCUUGAAGAGAUUCUUUAUUGCAUCUUUGGUUGCUGGUUCAAAGGACAUUAAAAUGGCUAUGUUAAAAUUCAAUAAGAUGACUAUUUUCCCCAUCAUAUUCAGCUUCUUCCUAUGUUCCCAAGUUCAUCUUUUAUUUUUAAAAUUUUCAUCAUUUCUUUUUUAUUAAUAAAAUUUUAAGAACAUAACUAACUUCCAUCUAAUACUUAAUUAAUAUAUACAUUUUAAUUAUAUCAAAUCUAGACCUGAUGAUAAAACCUAAAAUUAGAG